GCAAGAUAGAGCAGUGACUGUCAGCUCCAAGCCUGGGGUUUAUUGGACAAAGGCACUUUGGGACUGUCUCAGAGACAGGUAAAGGGUGACCAAACAAGAAAGAAGAAGAAAGAACCCCAAACGAAAGAGAAGCAGGUGGCUAAAGAGUUUAGUAUGUGACUGGAGGUCAGGGAGAGAGUAGAACAGAGCCAACAGCAGCCAAGAGACAGGGGCGUGGGUGGGGACAGUCAGAACACAGGCCUGAGGUCUAUGAAGGAAAACACCAGCCUGGCAGUGUAUUAGUGACCCAGCACCACCCUUCCUAAAGAUCUACAAAGGCACACGGGCCCUGGAAAUUUCUUUCAUUCUGGAUACUAGAAGCUGAACUGAAAAAGUCCAGAGGGCAAUUGCAAAGGCCCCUCAAGUCACAGGGAGGCUCAGGGCUCACUUGGCCACGUAGGGCCCAUAGGUGGCACCCCAGCCUCUCAGGGACUAUCUGAGGUCAGCAGGAAGGGGACACAAGUCAGAAAAGAAGACAAAGGUGGACGCUGGCUCCAGACCUCUCCCUGCCAACUCUGCAUCGUUUCUCUCUGUUUCUGUUACCCUUGAGCAGUGACUGCUGACUGGGAAAGCCAUCACCUCCAAGACCCUCUCUGGAAAACUGAACCUCUGUGUGGUGACAACUGUGACCUGUGGACACAGGACGUCAGCUCUUCCGCAGGAAGCCACUCCUGGUCUUGUAGGUGUACGAGGUCCAUGGAAGUCCCUGUGUCCAAGGGAUCGUGCUCGAGUCACCCAGGAUCAGGAUCCCUGAACACCACCUCUGUGUGCCCUCCGAGUCCCCAGAAGCUCCAGGAUGAAAGUACACCACCCUCUGCUGGCAUCUUCCUGGGCACACACAGAGUGUCCCUCCCAGCUGGCUUCAGGGCAGGCCAAGGCUGGCCCUACGAUCCAUGGGGACAUGGAGAAGGAGAGUUCAGGGUACAGUGAGGCUCGGGAGAAGCUGGGCCUGUCCUUCUCCAUUGACGCUAUCCUGAGGAGGCCGUCAGAGAGAAGAAACACGCCCAGACUGCAAAGCGUAGGAGAAGAGGACUCCAGGCAGACAGCAACCCCAGGUUCAAAGCCAGAGAGGCCCCCACAGGAUCAGUCCCAAGAAGAAAGAAAGAGCAAGCGGAGAGUUCGCACCACCUUCACGACGGAGCAGCUACAGGAACUGGAGAAGCUCUUCCGCUUCACCCACUACCCCGACAUCCAUGUCCGGACCCAGCUGGCUUCCAGGAUCAACCUGCCUGAAGCUCGAGUACAGAUCUGGUUCCAGAAUCAGAGAGCCAAGCGGAGGAAGCAGGAAAAGAUUGGAAGCGUCAGUGCAUCGCAGCAGCCUGGUGAGGCCAGCUUGACCCUGCCCUCAAACAUGGACAUGGUUGGUCCUGUGCUGACACCUACUGCUCUGCCCACAGUGGUGCCUCCCACGGGUUGCUACCCACGUUCUCAGACUCAGCUCACUUCAACCUGGUUCCCUGCCCAGAUCAUCCUUGUCCCAUGGCACCCAUGGGAUCUGCUGCCCUUGCCUGGCUAUCUUACCCAACAGGCUUGUGUUCCUACCCUCAUCCUGCCACCUGCAUACCCCAAGUGAGGCAGCAUCUGUGUCAGUUCAACAUAGGGACUGGUUGCUCUUUUCCCAAGCAAGCUACUCUACUCUCUCAGUGAUAGCAGACAACCCUGGACCUCAGAGAAAAUCCCUCCCCAAUCCAUCAAUGGCCCACAGCCCGGGAAGCUACCCAGAGCUUGCUAUUGGAAACUGCAUUGGCAUGGCAGCAAAAGACAACACACCAGCCCAAGUCAUUGUCCUAGUGCAGAAGCUUGGCUGCCUGAGGGCUGGGGAUGAACUCCAGAAUAAGACACUCUCCAUUCACCCCUGUGCUUCCUCUAAUGGCUGUCCACCUCCAGCUGGUCAGUCUCAGUACCCCCUGUACUGAGAUCCCCCUGGACCUCAUCUGUAGCAGAUUCCUUCUGAGAACCCUUUUCUCCCUUACUUUGGGGGAGAUGAGCCCUGAAAAACACAAGAUGUGGAGAGGCCCAGGAGGGGCUUCACAUCCAUGCACCCAUCCAUGAUGUCUUUACUGACCACUGAGCAUUGUACACUUAGAAACAGAUGUGGAGCUGAACAGAUUGGACUCUGCCCGGGUCAACUGAAAGGUGCAGCUGACCUCUGCCUGCAUCAGAUGGCGGUGACCUUGCACUUGGCUCCUGUCCAGCUGACAUUACUAUUGACGUUGGUAUGAAAAAUCUCAGAAUGAGAGAAAA